AUGUUUUCUACAAGAUGGCAAAUUGUAGAUUUAGUUGAAUUAAAUGCUAUUCAUGAACAUGGAAUAUUAUAUGAUUGUAUCUCAACAAAUAAUAUUCCAAUAUCUUCACCAUUAGGAAUUUUAUAUCAUCAUACAUGUGCUUCAAAAUUUGAUCAUGAUACAUUAAAAAAUAUUAAUUAUGCAAUACAGGAAAUAAAUGAAAAUGGUCAAAAAGAAGUAUUAAUGCAUAGAUUUUUACCACAUCAUAGAGCAAUUCUAUUUUUUACUAUUUUUGCUAAUAUUUUUGGUGGAAUAUCAACUAUAACUGGUUUAUGUUCACCGUGUUUUGUGCCAAAUGCUUUGUUACAUGUAGUAUCUUCAACUAUCUCAACUAGUUGUCUUGUUAUGGCUGACAUUUCUUUUAUCGUUUAUGCUAUUUCACCCCAAGGAAGUAAACUAACUGGAUUAGAAAUGGAAUAUACGCAAUAUCUUGGAUAUGCUUGUUAUUUUCAUGCAUUCUCUACUUUUCUUGUAGCGAUGGGUUGUUUAUUUUCUGUUGUUGGUGCUUAUAUAAGAUAUCUAUUAGAAUGGCAAAGCGGAAGAUGCUGUUGUUUUAUUUUUGAAGAUAAUACAUCAAAAAUUAUAAAUACAAUAAAACAAUAUAAUAAUCAUAAUAAUAAUUAUAAAAUUUCUUAUCAAUGUAUAUCUUCAACAAAUUCAUCAAUUUUACAUUCACCUCGUUUAAAAAAUAAUUGUUGUUUAAAAAAAAAUACAAAUUAUUUACAAGAUUCAUUUAAUGAUGAUUCUAUGUCAUUAGAUGAAUUAGAAACAGAAAAUUUAUACAACAACGGGUAUAAUGGAAAAAAUGUUAUUAUGUUAGAUUAUAAACCAAAAUUAAUUUCAAAAACUGUUUCAUAUGAAAAGGAUGAAAGUAAAAUGUGA